CUUCUCGACGCUGAAAAAGAAGAAAAGGAGGUGGAGGAAUGGUGGCUAUAGGUUUAGAAGAGAAGGUGAGGUCCACAUCACAUCUUAGUCGCUACACAUUUUCAAUCUUACACAUGAAUGAAUAUAAAUAAAAAUAAUAAUAAAAUAAAAUUAAAUAUCUAAAUUAUUUCUUUCAUUCAUGAUUCAUCUCUCACUGCCCAAACCGGCGUUUUACAACAACACCACAUUACUCCACGCUUUCUCCUCACACAAACUCAACUGCUUCCAGAUUUUCCCUAGAAACUCAUUAUUUUCCGAUUCAACGAAGAGAAACUCCAGGAAUUCGUACAUGGCGCCUCCGAUUCUUUCCCUUGCUCUUCCCUCCGAGACCGGUCGAGUACUCAGCAUUCAAUCUCACACUGUUCAGGGUUAUGUUGGAAACAAAUCGGCUAUUUUUCCUCUGCAACUUUUGGGCUAUGAUGUGGAUCCAAUUAAUUCUGUGCAGUUUUCCAAUCACACAGGGUACCCAUCUUUCAAGGGUCAGGUUUUAAAUGGAGAGCAACUAUGGGAACUAAUUGAAGGCCUUGAAGCUAAUGACUUGUUGUACUACACUCACUUAUUAACAGGUUAUAUUGGUUCAGUUUCUUUUCUCAACACCGUAUUGGACGUUGUCUCCAAGCUUCGCUCGAUAAACCCUGAGCUUACAUAUGUAUGUGAUCCAGUGUUGGGUGAUGAAGGAAAGCUUUAUGUUCCACAAGAGCUGGUGACAGUAUACCGUGAUAGGGUUGUUCCAAUUGCUUCAAUGUUGACUCCCAACCAGUUUGAAGCAGAACUACUGACAGGACUCGGGAUUCAGUCUGAAGAAGAUGGUCGAGAAGCUUGUAACUUACUUCAUGCAGUUGGACCUUCAAAGGUUGUAAUUACAAGUAUAAAUGUAGACGGGAAUCUUCUCCUCAUCGGCAGCUAUCUAAAGGAAAAGGGACAUCCUCCAAAACAAUUUAAGAUUGCAAUUCCCAAAAUACAAGCUUACUUUACGGGAACAGGAGAUCUCAUGACUGCACUUCUUCUCGGUUGGAGCAAUGUAAUGUCAAUUUACUUUUUUCUUGAUUUUUUUCACUUAUUUAGUAUUCCUUGUCAUUGCCUAAUUUUAACCAUAUACUCAUUCCAGAAACACCCGGAUAACCUUGAGAAGGCUGCAGAACUUGCUGUGUCAAGCUUGCAGGCACUUUUGCAAAGAACACUUAAUGACUACAAAAGUGCUGGACAUGAUCCCAAAUCAUCCAGUUUAGAGAUCAGAUUAAUUCAGAGCCAGGAUGAUAUUCGCAGUCCAGAAAUAAAAUUCAAAGCUGAAAUAUACAACUAAAUGGUGAUAUGGUUUGAAGCUGAAUACCCGUUUCUUGAUCAAGUUAAUAGAAAAUGGAGCUACAAUGUUGAAUUAUAGCACUGCACCCUAUUGAAAGCCAAGUUCAUAUUUUUUAAUCAUCAUCGUGACAUAUAAGUCAAAUAUGUACUAGUUAGGAAAUAAAAUAAAUAAUAUCGGCUCUAAAUUUAUUUUUAGUAUCAUUCCACCCAUUUCUAGAAUAUUAGACAUAAUUGUGCAUAUAUAUAUUUUUAAUAUUAAAAGCAUUGUGAUAUUUUUUUCCAUUAGCCAAAAUAAUUUCGUGAGCAAACUCAA